GCAGCGGGCGCGCGGCUGGCUUUGAAUCGGCCAGCGCCGCGCGGCUGGUCCGCUACCGGCGCCGAGGCCCCGCCAUGCCUAUCCGGGCCCUGUGCACCAUCUGCUCCGACUUCUUCGACAAUGAGCGGGACGUGGCGGCCGUGCCGUGCGGGCACACCUUCCACUGCGCCUGUUUGUAAGAAGGAGUCACAUCCUGCUGUCCUCUGUCUCAUCCAGUGGUUUGACACAGCACCGAGCCGGACUUGCCCACAGUGCAGAAUCCAGGUCAGCAAAAGACACAUCAUCAAUAAGCUGUAUUUUGAUGUUGCCCUGGAGGAGCAGACAGCACUGGAUGCAGAGACCUUGCAGAAUGAACUGGACAAGGUGAAGGCUCAGCUCUCCAUGAAAGAGAAAGAAAAGCGGGAAUGCCAGGCUGUUGUGAAUGGGCUGAGGGAGACUCUGGAUAUACGCAAUGCCACAAUAGAGUCGCUCCAGAAGGUGCUGGGAGAGACAGAAAUGCUGUGCUCCUCUCUCAAGAAGCAGAUGAAAUUCCUGGAGCAGCAGCAGGAGGAUAACAGAAGUUCAAAGGAAGAGGCCCGCCGUCUGCGAAACAAGCUGAGAACCAUGGAGCGGAUUGAGCUGUUGCUUCAGAGCCAGCGCCCUGAAGUGGAGGAGAUGAUCAGAGAGAUGGGAGUCGGGCAAGCAGCCGUGGAACAGCUUGCAAUCUACUGUGUCUCACUGAAAAAGGAAUAUGAAAACUUGAAGGAGGCUCGGAAGAUCUCUAGUGAGAUGACAGAGAAGCUGAAGAAGGAGCUGUUUUCUGUCAAUAACAAGUUGCAGAAAACAUUUUCAGAGUUGGACAAGACAAAAGACGAGUUAAAAAGCACCCAGAAGGAUCUGAAGAAUGCAGACAAGGAGAUCUUGAGUUUGAAGAAGAAGAUAGACAUCCUGCAGGAUACUCUGAAGGUCCCAUCCGUAACCAGAGAGACACUCAGUCGACUAGUCUUUGAAAGCCCCGCUCCCGUGGAACUGCAACAGCCGAAGCUCCAUUGCCCAGCCAACAGCGAUGAGAUCGAUCUAGAUGCUACUUUUGAUGUGGACACCCCUGAACACCAGCCCUGCAGAUCUCUCUUCAACCCUGCAAAAAGGCAGAAGCUGGAUAAAAAGCCGCCUCCUGUGGUAAACCUGGCGAAGAAAGUUCUGAAGAAAACAGUGGAGAACUGGGAGGAUGAUCUGGAGGAUGAUACUUUUAAAGGACUCUUGCCAGCAUUCAUCAGGAACUCUGUUCCCUCAAAGAAGCCAUCUUUGGGUAGCUUGCUGGGUUCCCACAAGAACAUGGGCACUGUGAGGAUCGGAUAUGAUGGCUUGGGAGGCAGAACAAAGUUCAUACAGCCUACAAACCUGGCAGAAAUCCGUCCGUUAGCAGUGAGGAGCAAGAAGAAGGUCUCCAGGCUGGUGUCUGCAGUUCCCUCUGCAUCCUCCUCCAGCAGCAGUCAAGCCAGACUGGACAGUUUCCUGCACUGAGCGCCCCUGCCUUCAUGGGGGGUAGCAGGGCAGGGUGGCCACAGGGCAGGGCACGCUUGCCCAGACCCUGGCACGAAGCAAUGCGCAACCGCUGCUGUGCAGGGGUCUAUUAUUUGCAAAGCAUAGAUGCCACGUUCUGGGCGAGAUGUUGCCCUGUGGAGAAUCCUGGCUUGGCAGCAAGCUGACAGGAGACCAAGCUUGGACUGACUGACCCUCCUCAUUUACUCCUCCUUCCUCCUAUUUUCAGAGAGAAUAAACAGGGGUUUUCUCAUCUUUUGGCCUGCUUGGAGCUCUACAGUUGUUGCUGCUGUUGGGUGCUCUGACAUAAAGUGGAAGUGCACUUCUUGGAUGCAGCUGCAAGCUAGAUGUGUGGGAAGACUGUCUGGGACGUCAGUCUGGAGCAAGAACCGGGAGAAGAAACCUGGACCAGCUCUGUGCCUGGUGUAAACAGUUCCAAGAGCUUCCCGGAGCAAGAAGUGUGCAGAGGGCAGAGCAGCGCUGGCCAGUGUUGCUGCGGUGUGGCUGUGUAUUCACAGUCAAAUUGAAGCCUCCCCUCUGCUGCAGGCGUGCUUGGGCUGGGGAGACCCCCAGGCAAGCCUGGCAGAUGUCCUGCCUUGCCCUGGUCUGGGCCAUGCAGUCCACUUCAUUUUUGCAGACUUGGCACCAAAAUUGUUGAUCUGGGGAGGAGGGUGUUGGGGGUGACCCCCUGCCCUGCUUUGGAAAUGGGGAGAUCGGUGUGCUGAUGUCCUCUCUGUUCUUGGCAAGUGUUGGAGUGAAACUUGUUUAUGAAUUUCUGGGUUUUUAAAAUGAGAUUGUAGGGAUUUUUGCUGUGUUUUAACUGGUCUGCUUAGUGACUGGAGGGUUUGGAAUGGCCUGAAGUGCUGAAGAAUGGCUCCCUUCAGGGGAGGGGGAGGCUGAUGGGGCUGAACCUGUCUGGGGUUCUUCAACUUGGAGACAUCAGGAGGUCCCCUCUGGCCCCACAACUGUUCAGACUGUAAGGAACAGACUUGGUGAGGUGCUUUGCUGUAGCACUCAGUUUCCUAUUUCCAGCCACUUCAGGCUGCAAGCCUCGGUACCUGGACUGGCUAAAAACAUGUCUUUGGGGAAUAAAAUAUUGUUGUGCACACUUGUUAA